AUGUAUUAUUUAAGAUCGGCAAUACAAUACAUAGGACUCCUAAAUAGUUCUGAAAAUUUUUAUAAUGUAUAUGAGACGCUAUCAAAGAAAAACGAUGAUUUUAUUGAAAACAGUCACAGAAAACUAAUGCCACUUGCAAAUACAUUGUAUAAUUUUGGGUUAGUAGGAGGUGGAGUCGAAAAAGGAGUUUUAAACAAAAGGGCAUUGAGCUAG